CGUUCGUGCCCGAGCCUAGCUAGCGUGAGAUCCGGCGGCGGCUCGGUUCGAUGGUGCGGGAGACGGGGUACUACGACGUGCUAGGGGUGAUCCCGUCGGCCACCGAGGCAGAGAUCAAGAAGGCCUACUACGUCAAGGCGAGGCAGGUCCAUCCCGACAAGAACCCCAAUGACCCCCUCGCGGCCCACAAGUUCCAGGAGCUGGGGGAGGCGUACCAAGUACUCAGUGACCCUGGACAGCGUCAAACGUACGACUCACAUGGGAAAUCUGGUAUUUCAACGGAAACAAUGAUUGACCCGGCAGCUAUUUUUGCUAUGCUAUUUGGUAGUGAGAUUUUUGAGGAUUACAUUGGUGAACUGGCGAUGGCAUCCAUGGCCUCACUUGAUAUUUUUGGUGAAGAUGAACAGAUUGAUGAAAGGAAGUUGCAAGACAAAAUGCGUACUGUACAAAGGGAAAGGGAGGAAAAACUAGCAGAAAAACUGAAGAAUAGAUUGAACAUUUAUGUUCAAGGAAACAAACAUGAAUUUAUCCAGAUUGCUGAGGCUGAGGUGUCGAGACUUUCUGAUGCAGCAUAUGGGGUUGAUAUGCUGAGUACUAUUGGUUACAUGUAUUCAAGACAAGCUGCCAAGGAGCUUGGAAAGAAAGCUAUCCUUUUGGGGGUUCCAUUUAUAGCUGAAUGGUUUAGAAACAAAGGUCAUUUUAUCAAAUCUCAAGUGACAGCUGCAACAGGUGCAAUAGCUCUUAUGCAGUUGCAGGAAGACUUAAAGAAGCAUCUUAGUGCAGAAUGUAAUUACACCGAGGAGGAACUUGAAGCUUACAUGCAGAGUCAUAAAAGUGUUAUGGUUGAUUCGUUGUGGAAGCUUAAUGUUGCUGAUAUAGAGGCAACCCUGUCACGUGUCUGCCAAAUGGUGCUUCAAGAUAGCAGUGUUAGGAGGGAGGAACUCAGAGCUCGAGCUAAAGGAUUGAAAACUUUAGGCAAAAUAUUCCAGCGUGUUAAGCACAACGUUGAAGGGGAAGCACCAACAGUGCCAAAUACGAUAAAUAAUUUGGAUGAUAAUGUUGGUAUCUCUCCUGAUUCAUCACCCGAAAUUCGCAGGGGGCAGCCAUUCGAUGCAAACCCACUGUAUUCCCAGAGUCCAUAUGUGGAGGCCCCACAGUUUGGCGGCUCUUAUCAUUCGUUCAACUUCCCGAUGCCUACCGCUCCGCCAGGUGCGCAGAGGGAUCCGGUCACAUGAUUUGCUCCGAGGACAGCAACUUGGUUUUGCGUGGGUCAUCUUUUUUGUACAAUAUUCGCUUGUAUUGUAGAUGAUCACAUGGUCUUCAUUUGUGUCAGUAUAGUAGAGCAAAGAAGCAGCUGGUUUUUAUCCUUCUGCCUUCUUCGGUUGUGUAUUGUAAUCAAUCGAUUAAAAUCAUACACCGACGUCAGCAGCCCUGUGUUGUGUACAGGCGUGCUGCGCUGCCUCUGAUGUUGAGGCAGCGACAGUCGGCAUUGUUGUAUUCAUAAACAGUACCACUUCACUUUUUUGCUUUGUCUAUGGGUGCAUAAUUCUUUUAGCCUAUGGCCCAUUGUGCAAAACAGGCAUGGUUUUUCUGUUAUUCCUUAAA